CCAACUCUCCCCAAGCAGACGAAAUGAUGCAGCGCGCGCGGACGGAAGCUGAGGCAGCGAACCUCUACAAGCGCGUCAUCGACGAGUUUGGAUCCAAGGUGCCGCGGGAGCUGGAAGACCGUACGCUCAAGCACAAACCUCCCGAAUACUUUGCUGAUAUCGCCCAUCGCCUUCGAACACGACUAGCGUUGUACACUAGCACGGACACACAAUCUCCAUUGCCGCUUGCACCCUCAGACGACGCUGCCGAAGCGGCCAGACCAAGAGAAGCCGAUGCAAACACGGCGGCGAACGCAACUACUAGUACCGUGCAACGGACCGCAAUGCAGUCGUCCGGCACUCGCCCGACCCUGCUGGUCAUUCCGAACCGCGAUCACCCUCCAUUUCACGUCAACUUGGACCUUAUCGGCCGACCAGCCCCAUACAUGGCAAAUCCACACCAGCCCGCGACAUUGCCAGAAACACCGGCUUCGAAGCGGCGCGGACGUGGACGUCCUAUCGGUGCACGCCAGCCGAAGCCCCCCGGGCCACCACCCAACCAACCCCCUGAUCUUGACGUCUCGAUGGAAACCCAUGCCAUAGCACGACCGAAACGUCCCCGAGGUGGCAUCUUUGGCGUGUAUGCCUCGACAAAGUUCAACUCGCGACAGUCGAAACGUCAAUUUGCACUUGUGGCGAGUGUCGUGCGGCUGUACGAGCCGUGGUCUCCAUCGUCCGCGCAAUCUCGACCAUCCAUUGUCACGGUGGCGUUGGAGGAUGGGACGUGGGCGUUAGCAUCAUUCGUGCCGCCCUCCCUCGACGACGAGAAUGCAAAUGACGACGACGAGUUGCUAUCCGAGCGGACGGAUGUUCCAGACAGACAACUGGAGCAUCGCAUUGAAGAUCAAGAUGCUAGCCAAGGCGGCGACUCCAAUUCCGGCGUGCUUGUUCAACUGGUCGAGUCGAGGAGGCAAUGCCGCGUCCAUCGGCAGCGCAUCUUUGUUGGAGUGGAUCAUUUCGUGAACACAGCUGGAACGAUUUCCCUUCAAAUCCACGAGCAGUCGGCGGCCAGCUCAGUCCAGUACCUUAUCGUGUAAGCAUGUCAUCGUUGAAUGAUUCGGACGCUUCUUCGAUGUGGUGGGUAUUCCA